CGCUGGAUCCCAGCAAAGCAGAAAUGCUUCAACAAUUAUGCAACUCCCUCCAGAAACCCGCAUGAUCGUGUACAAGCAUUGCCUUGUCGCUCCCCGACCCGUUGAUUUUUGGCCGUUUGUUCCGAAGGAUCCGCCAAGCAAUCUAACGCGGAAGGAUAUGCUCAAGGCAAACUUGAAGGCUUUCCACGUGAAUCUCUUUCGGGUUUCCAAGCAAGUUCAUCUUGAGGCUGUUAGAAUUGUGUAUGGCUGCAACAAGUUCAGGUUCUCUGAUGUGGGUUGCUGGUCUGUCCUGCAGGGGUUUCUCCUGAAUCUGUCCCAGAACCAGAGUUGCCAAUAUCUCACGAAUAUCGAGGUUGCUUGCCCAAAAUGGUGGCACGUCCUCCAUAGCAAAACUCAACUCAGGUCUUGGGGAAUCGGCGGGCCGGAUCUAGCGCUCACGAUGAGGCUUCUUCUCCAACAACUGCGGUUCGGUCCAGAGAGCGUUAGGCCUUCAACAUGCGUAUGA